CUCAUUCCCUUUCCAUUCUCCUCUCACUUCCGUUAGCUCUCUGUCCCUCAUUCCUCUUCUUCCAUUUCUUUUUCCUUCCUUUCCCAAAUCAAUCAUCCUUAAGAAUAAUUGGUCAUCUAAGUAAAGCAACUUCAUAUUCAAGCUCUAUUGGUAGAAUUUUGGGGGUUAGGGUUUGUGCUUUGAAGUAGAAGGAGAAUACCCAUAUUGUGAGAGUUGCUCAUUGAGACUCCCUGAGAUUCGGUGGAAAUUGCUCCGGUGGUCAUUCAGAAAGGCAUCCCUAGGAAUUGAGUUCUUUCGUCAUAUCUAUUCAAAGUCAAUUGUGUAGAAAGCUUCUAGCAGGGUUAAGGAUCUAUCAAUGUCACUCUUUUGAACACAAGGGAGGGAAGCUCACACCAACAAGAGGCACUACCGUUACUCCGCCGGAAUUCAUGUCUCCGUGGCCGUCAAUUGUAGCAGCCUCAUAUCGUAGUUUCACUAACUAAUUCACAACAGGAGAAAUGAUAUGUGAUUGAUUCAUGAUGAUGUUUGGUGCUCUCUCCCGUUACUCUCCUCGUCAUGUAACAACCAUAUGUUUACGGGCUUUUUCAACGGAUACAUCUCUUGACAAAGAGGGAGUGACAAGCGAAGUCUUGAAGGAAUUUUGUGCCACCAUUGAAAAUGCUUCAACAACCAGUGCUAGAGUCUAUUCUGCAUAUAUUGAUAAGAUGUGCAAGGCGGGAAACCUUUCAGCCUUAAGUCAAAUGCUACAAAUUUUAAAUGAUAAGAACAUUGUUGUUUCACCCAAUAUGUAUAAUCUCAUAUUAGUGGAAGCAAGUCAAAAGAAUGACAUUGUCCUUUCAUGUCAAAUGCUCAAGAAAUUAUUAUUGUCAGGUGAAUCCCCAAGUGCAACCUCAUGCGUUAAAUUUGCCCAGGCUUUCAGAGAAGUAAAUCAAUUUACGGAGCUUAUUAUAUUUCUUAAAGAAAUAGUAUCAGAAACAAGUUGUUCAAGUAUAUCAUCAUUCAUAAACAAGAUCAUUUUUGCUUUUGCCAAAAGUGGACAGAAGGAUAGUGCCUUGGCGAUAUUUGAGCAUCUUAGAGAACAGAACAAUAGUUGUCUCGACUUGAUCACAUAUAAUAUUGUUCUCGAUAUCUUGGGUCGUAAGGGUCGUGUGGAUGAAAUGCUUGACAUGUUUGCGUCCUUGAAAGAAACAGGUUUUGUUCCGGAUACUAUUUCAUACAAUACUCUAAUAAAUGGAUUGCGAAAGGUGGGAAGAUCAGAUAUGUGCUUUGAAUAUUUUAAGGAAAUGAAAGAGAAUGGAAAUGAACCGGAUUUGCUUACAUACACUGCUUUAAUUGAUAUUUCUGGCCGAGCAGGAAAUAUCGAAGAAUCAUUGAAAUUCUUCAUGGAGAUGAAACUGAAGGGGAUUCUUCCUUCCAUUCAAAUCUACAGAUCACUAAUCCAUAAUUUAAAUAAAACAGAGAACAUUGAGUUAGCAACAGAACUUUUAGAAGAGAUGAAUUCAUCAUCAACUUGUCUAGCUGUUCCAGGAGAUUUCAAGACAAAAAGAAGGCAAAGAAAGACUUAAAGGUCUGUGUAUUUAAUUUCAGCUGAUUGGGUUCUUAAGGUAUGGAAGUUUACAUUGCCAUGCACUAUCCUCAUGAGUGACUGCCAUGGUCAUGUUUGAACAUUGCAUCUGGAGAGCAUAACAUCGAUAAUGACGAUAAGUUCAAUUUCGUCAUUACUUACUGUGGGUUAUGAGAAUGAUCCACUAAUUUGUUAAGGCAUGACUUGAAUUUUGUCAUCAAAUAGAGACUGUAUAGUUUGUCUAAUUUUUUUCAAUGCAGAAUUUAUUGUGUUGAAAGGGCACAUAAUUGUAAUCUUGUUUUAAUUGGCUCAUUCUACGUCGGAACUACCUGAUUUUCAAAUUUGCAUUGUCAGGGUUUUCUGAAAGAGAAUAUGUUUUUUCUUUUUGCUCUUAGGUGUCAUUAUUGAUUUUCUGAAAGAGAAUAUGCAACCAUGUUCGAUUAAUGUCAUUUUUGAAUUUGAUUGCAUAGGUGUUGUAAUACGAGUGCCACCAUUGAAUUUGAUUGCAUAUGAUGCACUUUAUUUCCAA